CCCGCCGGCAGAGGUAGUGGCGAUCGUCUAAAUUCCGCCGUCGUCACGCGGUCGAAAAGUUGAAACGUCGAAACAUUGUCCGUCGGCUUUGUUGCUGUUUUCGUCGAGCUCUUCGGCGAUGAUCCGCAAAGUGGCCUGUUCACCUCAGACUCUCUUCAUUUUACUAGCCGUAUUGUGUUUUUCGCACGCGGCCAGUUCAACAGGAGCUGGUUCCAACGUCGUUGUAGAGGAGCCCGAGUUCACCGAAGUCAUCGAGAACGUCACCGUCUCGGCUGGCAGGAAUGUCAAAUUCGCCUGUUCUGUGAAGAAUCUUGGUACUUACAAGGUCGCUUGGAUGCACUUUGAGCAAUCGGCUAUCCUUACUGUUCACAAUCACGUCAUCACAAGGAAUCCUAGGAUCAGUGUCACCCAUGAUAAACACAGAACAUGGUUUUUACACAUAAGUAAUGUACAACAGGAGGAUCGAGGACGUUAUAUGUGUCAAAUUAACACAGUAACAGCCAAAACACAAAUUGGAUAUUUACAUGUUGUUGUACCACCAAAUAUUGAUGACUCGCUGAGUAGCAGUGAUGUGAUAGUAAGGGAAGGAGCGAACGAGACAUUGACUUGCAAAGCAACAGGAUCUCCUCAACCGAGUGUGAAGUGGAAGCGAGACGACAACACAAAAAUUAUCAUCAAUAAAACCCUAUCAGUGUCAGAAUGGGAGGGUGAAACGUUGGAACUCACCAAGAUCUCGAGACUCGACAUGGGAGCUUAUUUAUGCAUUGCCACAAAUGGCGUACCGCCGACCGUCAGCAAAAGGAUCAAAGUCAGCGUUGAUUUUCCACCCAUGCUGUGGAUUCCGCACCAGCUCGUUGGGGCCCCCUUAGGAAGACCCGUCAGCCUCGAGUGUUACACGGAGGCGCACCCGAGCUCCCUAAAUUAUUGGACGAGAGAGGACGGUCAGAUGAUCCACGAAUCGAGGAAAUACCACGCCGAAAACAUCGUCGGCGCGGUGUCGUACAAGACGCAUAUGAGACUCACCAUCAACAACAUUCAACAGAGCGACUACGGGACGUACAAAUGCGUCGCGAAGAAUCCGCGCGGCGAAACCGACGGCACCAUACGACUCUACACUUCUUCGCCUCCGACGACAAUGCCAAAGUCGACAACGACAGAGACUCCGAGCCGAAUGAAGGACAUUUGGGGAAACGGGGACUUCAAUAAUUCAGUCUACGGGAACCCUUCAUCGCUUACCACACACCUCUCGGAGAAAGGCUCCAAAUACCAGUCAAAUCUGAACGAAAUUGAUAAGUUCGAGCAAAAAUCCGCUUCCAGCUCCGACGGAAAAGGUGCUAGCUUCGAUUGGCCGUCAUCAGAUGACACGUCAGCUGGGGUUUUCUACGUUAUCUCGCCGUUGUGUUUCCUGCCCUCCUUGGUUCUUCAGUUACGGUGAACAGUUUUGGAAAAUGGAUAUGUUAUUCUGUAGUAAACUAAUAAGUAUAUAUUAAGAAUAAAAUUAUAAAAGAGAACACGAGAGAGAGCGCUUUAAAAGAGGCAUAAAUGUACAAUUGUUUAUAUGUAUUUAAACGAAGACUGAACGGUUAGGUCUAUUGUACUAAUAGCAUAGCUAAAUGCAUGUAUCCUAAAUAAUAAAAAGAAACUAAUGUAAACCGUGAAGAGUUUGCUCAAUUUAUGAAUAGCAAACAAGCCAACGUUGUAAGCUUACCAACAAGAGCUUUAGAGCAAUGAGUGCCAAAUAGAAACCGUAAUUUUAAUAUUUUGCAGCCGGAAAAAUUAAUGAGUCGUUAAAAUUUUACAUAUCGUCUAUAAUAAUGUUUCUAAAUAAUUGUUAAAUAUUUACGAAGAUACAAUUUCUCAUUUUAAUUGCAUUUGAAAUACCUGAUACGUAACCCACGCAUUCAAAUAAAUUGAGCAAGCUAACCGAAAUUGUCUAGUUUAUUACUGAUGUUUUUUGCGUUGAAUAUCGCAAAAAUAUACCGAAUGGCUGGGAGCUAAUAUUUUUAAAACGGGGGUCUAGCGAAAUUAUAACGAAAAAAAAAUAUAUCAACUCAAUGUAGCUUUUGUAGCGUCCAUAUAUAAAUGAAUGGAAAAAAAUCUCUGUAAAUACAGUUUGCAAUAAAAGGAAAUUUCUAUCCUAGCAGUCAGCUUGUACUUUAGGAAAACAAAAGUCUCGCUACCUUAACACUAACAGGGUAUUAGGGAAAACUUUAGUAGCAUUUCUUAAUAAAUAAUCGUAUUUUAAAUUUCCUCUUGUUGCGAACGGAACUUAAGGUACGACUAAAUAUCAAGUAUUUAACCAUGAGCUUAACUUAAGUAUAACUUCCGUUUGAACUGUACUAUAGUUUUAACAUAAUGUCGGUGUAGAUACUCCAGAUGUUAUAUUAUUUAUCGCGUAACAUACAAUGUAAACCAAUGUGUAAAUAAUAAAAUGUUCUAUAGACAA